AAUCAAUUCCCCCCGUCCCGGCUCUCGUCCUCUAGUUAGAUAUUUAUUCACAAGUCAGAAGAGAUGCAGAGAGAUAUGUAGAAGAGGCCGGAAUUGGAAGAAGCUACAAGUCAUGAAGAGGUUGCCUGUGGAGUGCGUCUCCCACAUCAUUUCCUUUACAUCACCUCGAGAUGCCUGCAGAUCGUCUGCUGUCUCUUCUCUGUUUAGAAUAGCUGUGGAUUCUGAUAUUGUCUGGGAGAGGCUUCUUCCUCCCCAUUAUAAGCAAAUCAUUUCGGAAUCUUCAUCGUCCUCGUCUUUGAUUUCCAUGCCCAAGAAGGAUCUCUACUUUUAUCUCUGCACUCACCCCAUCAUCAUAGGCAAUGGUAACAUGAGCUUUGCACUAGAUAAGCAGAGCGGCAAGAUUUGUUCUAUGGUAGGCGCAAGAGGGCUUGUAAUUGCAUGGGCAGAUACACCCACUUAUUGGCAAUGGAUGACUCUACCACACUCCAGGUUCUCUCAAGUGGCUAAGCUCAAACUUGUAUGGUGGCUUGACAUCAACGCGUGCAUAUCUGCUAAGAACUUAUCCCCGGGAACAACCUAUGCAGCUUACCUUGUGUAUCAGCUCUCAGAAGUAAGAUCGGGGUUGGCAAGAACACCUAUUGUGUUGCGCGUCAAUUAUCGACAAAGUGCAGUUGUGAGUGUGCAUAGUGUGAUCCUAGACCCUAUGCCUCAGGAAGCUCGACAUAGAGGAGAUGGGUGGAUGGAGAUUGAGAUGGGUCAAUUCUUCAUUGAACAAGGAAAUGAUGAUGCUGCUGUAGAGUGCAGUGUAACGGAAGUUAGUAACCUAAAGAGCGGCCUCAUUGUGGAAGGUAUUGAGCUUAGGCCUAUACAUAUGUAACUAUGACUUUCCAGAGGGCUCUAAUUUGUGACAAUUCUCAUUACCCUCUCUGUGCAUCCACUCAAUUGUUCAUUAUAUUUAUUCCGUGAUUCUGGACA